UUUACAUUUCUUAAAUCGAUUCAAAUUGAAUAGUGUAAAUUAUUUAACAUAAAAAUAUCAGAUAUCAUGCAGAUUGUAUACAAAAAAAAUUGAAAAAGAUGGAUUUAUAAUGUGAAUCAUUAUGAUAGUGCUUAGCUGUCAGAUUAAACAAUUGGAAUAUAAACUGUGAAUUAAUAAAUCAGAAUGCCAUGUCCUCUUUUAAAGAGAAGAUACAAAACAAGGUGGAAGAAUGUGUUUUACGUCAUCUUAGCGAUUACCAUGACAACUUUAGUGACAAUGUACUAUAGGGAUAACGACAAAUCUCUAUGGCCAAUACCUCACUAUGGACUAAUAUCCAACACAUAUCACCCGUAUGUCAAAACAUUUCCAGAUAGACAGUUCGGACCCGAUCAAACAAAUAAAGUAAUACUGUUAUGGACUAAGUACUUUGAAACAUACGAAUGGCUUCAUACAAUACCAUCACAUACAAAACACUGCCCCAAGCAAUGUACUAUUACUAACAAUAGAGACGAUUUACCACAAAGUGAUGCUGUACUAUUUCAUUUUACAGACAAAGAUUUGUUUCUGAACGAUUUACCCACUAAAAGACUUCUUUCACAGGUGUGGGCUUUAUUCAUUAAUGAACCUAAUAUCUUUGUGCAAGAGAGUUUCACACCAUGGGCAAACGUAUUUAACUGGACUAUUUCAUACAGGAGACAUUCCACUGUGUUUAUGCCAUACGGGAUGUAUGAACCUAUUCCGAAUGAACUUCUUCCGAAUGUCUCGCGUAUUAAUCCACCUAUAUACCCAGCACACCACAGAGAUAAGAUGGCUUACGCAGUUGUCAGUCGUUGUGCCGAUGAUGCCGAGCGGUACAGACUAGUCAAUGAAAUAAGUCAGCACAUCAAUGUCGAUUAUUACGGUGAAUGUGGGAGUUUGAAAUGUGAAAUAAAACAUAAUUCAUGUUUACCUCCAAAUACUCUGAGACGAUACAGAUUUCGUCUGGCUUUUGAGGACAGUAAUUGUCGAGACUAUGUGACGGAGAAGUUCUGGGAUACUCUUUCUAAAGGAAUCAUUCCCGUUGUCAAUUGGAAAGCAGCUCAACGAGAUGUACCGGUGCCUCCUAAAUCAUAUAUAAAUGUUUAUGAUUUUCCAAAUAUAAAAAGUCUCGCCGAAUAUCUUACUAAAGUUAGUCGGAACAGCACGUUAUUUCAGAGUUAUUUUAAAUGGAGAGACCAUUUUCAGAUUUAUACCUCGUUUUGGAAUAGUUUUUGUAACUUUUGCACCGCUCUCUACGACAAAAGUGUACCAGCUAAAGUGUAUACUGAUCUAGAGGGAUGGCUGAGGGAUGAUUACUGCCAACGAUUUACAUUCCAGAAUCAAAUACGACGAUUAAUCAAGAGAUUUUUGUUUGACGGCAAUCUUGUUGAUUUGAGAAUAUUUAAUUAAUCAAUUAUUCUUCGAAGGGAUGGAUUGGUAAAUUUGAAUAUCAUACAACUUGUUAUAACAUAAAAUGUAUUCUUUGUUCUACAACACAAUCAUACUGCAUCACUGUUGAAUACUAUUGCAUGGAAUAAAAUCAACUACAUUA